AGAUAGGAAAUAUUCAAAGAUAAAAGCUAUCAAUUAAAUCAAGUUUCAAACUUUCUCUGUUUGCUAUUGAUAUGUCCUAUAUAUCUACAAUUUGUUGAAUAUUCCACUUCAAUAGUCUAUAGUGAAACUGUCUCAAGCCAAAUAUGAAAUAUUUUCUUCUUGUUUUAAUGCAACUUUUGUUCUUAAAUGUUAAUUGCAUACAUCGUGCUGGUCAUAUUCGUUACCAUCAACCUGAACAGAUUCAUAUUGCUUUUGGAGAUAGUGUUUCGGAAAUACUGAUCACUUGGUCAACAAUCACUUCGACACCAAACUCGAUAGUGGAAUAUGGCGUAAAUGAUCUUAAUGAGAGAGCAGAAGGUUCGGCAAAACGUUUUGUUGAUGGAGGACCAGAAGCAAGGGCCCAGUAUAUUCAUAGAGUUAAAUUAACAAACCUUAGACCUUUAACAAAGUACCUAUAUCAUUGUGGGAGCCAUUAUGGCUGGUCAGAAGAAUUUUGGUUUAAGACCGUUGAUAAUGAGACAAAUUGGAGUCCUCGCCUUGCUGUUUAUGGAGAUAUGGGAAAUAUCAAUGCCAGGUCUCUACCACGCCUUCAAGAAGAAACACAGCACAAUAAGUACGAUGCUAUAAUCCACGUUGGCGAUCUUGCUUAUGAUAUGAGAGACGAUAAUGGAAGAAUGGGUGACCAAUUCAUGAGACAGCUCCAGCCGAUUGCUGCUUAUGUUCCUUAUAUGGUGUGCCCUGGCAAUCAUGAAGAAGCUUACAAUUUCAGCCACUUCAGAGAAAGGUUUUCUAUGCCUGGUCAAAAUGAUAAUUUAUAUUAUAGUUUCAACUUAGGACCUAUACACUUUAUAAGCCUGACCACUGAGACGUAUUACUACAUUGAGUAUGGUUUGAGAACACUUGUUAAUCAAUAUCAGUGGCUGUUAAAUGAUUUAAAGGAAGCCAAUCUGCCAGAAAAUAGAGCUAAAAGACCUUGGAUUAUUACAUAUGGUCACAAACCGAUGUAUUGUUCUGACAGAGUAGUUGAUGAUUGUAAAGAGAAGGACAAUCGAGUCAGAAAAGGAAUUCCACUUACUAAAUGGUUUGGACUUGAAAAUUUAUUUUAUAAAUACGGCGUUGAUCUUCAUUUCUCUGGGCAUCGUCAUUCUUAUGAAAGGAUGUACCCAGUUUAUGAUUACAUAGUAAAAAAAGGUUCAAAGAAAAAACCAUAUUACAAUCCAGAAGCUCCUGUACAUAUUAUAACUGGUUCUGCGGGGUGUCAAGAAAGCAUGUCAAAUUUCACAGACGUGCCACCUCCAUGGUCAGCAUUCAGAAGUUCAAAUUACGGAUUUACGGUUCUUGAAGUAUAUAAUUCUUCACACCUACAUGUACAACAGAUAGCUGUAGAUUUUGGAGAUUAUGGAGAAGUUAUUGAUGAUGUUUGGAUUGUAAAAACAAAACACCAAUAUAAUAAAAAUUAUACACCAAAUAAAACAAUAAUGUUCCAGUAG